CUCUAAGUCAGAUCGUAUUUACCAACUGUUUUUAGGAAUUCAAGCAUGUAUACUGUGUAGAUGGAAGUAACACUCUAAGCAUUGUCAACUGACAGUCAUAUGAUAUUGGUCGAUAUCUUCGUUUCGUGAUUGUUUCACCAUUAAACUCUAAUAUUACUAAACCAUCAAUAACGGGAAUUGUUUUUCUACCAUCGAACAGAUUUCGACAUUUCCUUUACUUAUUUUAAAUAAGCAUUAAUUUGCGUGAUUUACAAUCGUGGAGGUCACAACUAUUCAACCAGUAGAAAACGGGUCAGUUGACCAUAAGAAAGAGGUACAUAAAUUAGAAGGUGAUCAACUCCCACCUUUAGCUACUGAAGAAUUAGAACAAAUAACUCCUAGUCAGGAUAGUGAUAAAAGUGAUACUGAGUCAGUAAACUCAGGUGAAAUCUUUGAGGGCGAUCACACUGAUCGCUGUCUGAAAGAACAAGACGUUGAGGUGAAUAAAGAAAUUUGUUUUCAAGGGGUGAAUAUUGUUGAGGACGAAGGGGUCUUAGUAUCCGACAACGACCUACCAUCACCUCCAAUUUCAGUUGAUCAAGAGUUUCAUAUAGAGAAUAGUGAAGACUUACCAGUGUUUCCUUUGACACCUUCAACAACUACAGAAAAUUACAUCAAUCCUGAAUUAUUGUCAAACAGCCAACCAGAAGCAAUACUCGAAUACUGUUCAGAUAUUAAAACUGAACAAAUUCUAGGUGAAACUCUAGAUAAAAUAAGUGAUAACUACUUAGUUGAAUCAAUUAACUUAUCUUUAGAGUCUAUUCCAUCUACAAAGAAUUUCACAGAGGAAGAGAUCGACAAUUCAUUAAAAGAACCUACUGAACAACAACUGAAUGUUCAGUUUGUUGACGAUUUAGAAAAUAACGCAGAGGCUCAAGUUGAUGAACAGAACAACGUUACUAGUAUAUUUAAACUAAACGAUAAAUUGAACACUGAAAAGGAAUCAACUGAUUCAUUUAACUUUGAGAAAGAACCAAUCGACUUAUUGAAUUCUGAAAACGAGAGAGAAUUUUCUCUUUCAUCUACUUGUGAAAAACAAAUUCACAUAUCUCCUGAUCUUGAAGAACUAAUCGAUCCAGUUAAUAUUCAGAGUGAAAUAAACGUUUCUGGUGAAUCAGAAAAUUCUCAGACUUUUCAACCAUACAGAGAUAAAUUAGUUGUUGAAACCUCAAAAUCCUCAACGUCCAACGAAUUGUGUCCAGAAGAAGAAAAAGAAGAAUUAGUGAUAGUAGAUGAGCACAGUGAAAAUAAUUCUCCAAUCGGUACUGAACUAAUUGAAGAAACACAUUCUAGCUCUUUGUUUGUAAAUUCUGCAACACCAUCAGUACUAACCGACCUACCAAAUCAAUUGACAGAAACGAAUUAUCGAAACUCAUUGACAUCCAGUGAAAUUAUCCCAUCGAAACAUACUUCAUCAACUAAUUCAUUAAGUGAUUCUGUGAAUAAUACGACAGACAUUAGUAAUACUAAUAAUAAUCAAGAUAAUUUAAAAGAAUUAACUUUGAACACUUUAAAUUGUGAUACAUCAAUGAGUACUACAGUUGGUGUAUCUGAGAUAAUGGCUGAUCAAUCAGAAAUAAAUCGGGAAUCAUCAUAUACUUUUUAUCCGUCUUACGAUAUGCCAUCUGAAAGUUCUAUUGGACAUCUAAAUCGUACUGAAUAUCAAAGUAGUUUAAAUGGUGGAGAUGAAGAAAAUCUUAAUCAAAUUAAUGAUCAUGAAGAUAAUCAAAUGAAUGAUGAUCGGUCAGAGUAUACCAACAUGAAAACUGAAGAAAGUUAUCAUGAUUCUACAUGUCCAUCGCAUUCAGAACAAGAAUUAGAUCAAGACACUUUGAAAAGUGAACAUGAUAAAAAUGAAUUGGGUACAGAAAAAAAUAUGGAGGGUUUGAAUAUUGAAAAUGUUGAAAAUCAACAAAAAUUGACUUUUAAUCAAAUUAAAGAAGAUUUAGAGAAAAAGAAUGUGAUUGGUUCGCUACAACCGCUACGACCUGAACAAUAUAUUAUGCAUCAUCAAGCUGGUUCGAUUAAACAACAAGAAAUGUUAAUUUUAAACCCACAGACUGGUGAAGUAUUAACUGAUCAAUAUUCAACACAUCAUCAAACAAAUACAAUAACAACAGGUAGUACGCAUCAUUUUGCUAGAAAUAUAUCAUCAAAUACUACUAUGGUAGUACCUACAGGUGGAAAUGUUAAUGGUCCUGUAUCUGGAUCUGGAACAACAGUGGGUCAACAGAAAAGUUCGACAAUUUAUCCUAAAACUGGUCAAAAUCCUAUUGACGGAGGGAUAAAUGGAGGUGUUGGUGCUAAUAGCAGUGGAAGUGCUGGUGGUGGAGGUGCUGCUAAGAGUGGAGCAUCAACUGGUGGUGGUUUGGAUAGAUCUCGACAAGUGUACAAUAUGUUUGAAUGUCAAAUGUCACAGUUGACAGUAUUUCUGGAUCGUGCACUUAUAUGCCGACGUAUUAGACCACGUUUCAAUGCAUCGGAUAUUACAGAAGUUGUUUUUGAACAUUUAUCACCAGCUAUUGAUAAAGAUUCUAUUCGUGUGGAAAUUCGUGGGGCUGCAACUAUUCUAGAUGUGAGUUUCUCAGCAAAAUCAUUAUCUGGUGAAGAAGAUACAUGGUCACAAUGUGUCAAUGAGCUAUUGGUUGAACUACGUCAAUGUCGUCGUCGUGCAGAUAAUCUAGUCAAUCGGAUUAUUCGUACUGAAAAACAACGUUGCGUUCUCGAAACAUUUGCUGAUAGUUUGUCACGUCGUGAAGAUGAAAUACUAUUAAGCGGUAAUCAUCAUGGUCUUCUGACAGUGAAUAGUUUUCCAAAUCAUACAGGUGUUGUAGAUCAACCAAAUAGUAUUCCAUCACAAGGAGCAACAUCAUCGGUAGGAAUGGCAACAACAACAGCAAAUACUCAAAUGUCCUCAACGACUGCAGAACACAAAAGUAUAACUGAUAUCGCUAAUCCUUAUGAUCCAAAAAAUGUGGAAACGUUGCAUAAAUUCCUUGAAAUUUAUAAAGAUGAAGCUGAACGAUUUGAUACAGUUUUAAUGGAUACUACUGAAGAAUUGGAACAAGUUCGUACACGAAUUGAAACGUUGGAGAAAGAAGUUCGUGAUGUAGAAUUAAAACAAGAUGAACAUUUAGCCAGAGAAUUAAGUGUACUCGUUGAACCGAGAGAAACAGGUCAAGUUGAAAUGCUUGUUUCCUAUGUAGUAGGUCGAUGUGGAUGGAAACCAGCCUAUGAUAUUCGUAUUUUUAACAAUGAUGGAACAAUGAAAAUUGUUUAUUAUGGUAUGGUACAACAAGCUACUGGUGAAGACUGGGAAACACGUUAUAUGACUUUAUCGACUGCUCAACCUGGUGUAGGUGGUACAGUUCCACAUUUAGGCAUACAACGUGUACAUUUUCGUCGAGACAUAUCGCCUGAUUCUAGUCGUCAGUUACAAAGUAUAGACAAAUCUAAUUUAAAUGAAAGAAUAUCUCGACUACCAUCAGCUGGUACAAUUCCUAUUUAUCCUAAACGUAUUUCUGCCAAUGCAGCUGCAUUUUAUCAAACACCUCCUAUGCAACGUGCCGAUUUGACACAUGGAUUAAAUGAUACAAUUUCAUGUGAAAUGAUCGAUCGUCGAUCGAUGUAUAAUGACAAUUCAACUGAAUAUUGUUCUACACUUGGACGAAGUGAUAGUAUGGCAUCAACGACGUUGCAUUCAUCGCUUGGUCGUCGAAAUAGAUUAUAUCCAAGAUCGAAAUCACGUGAAACAAUACGUACUUUAACUCAGCGUGAUGGUAUCACGCCAGCUGGAACACUACAACGUGGUGGCAGUGUUGAAAGUACUUAUGCAACUGGAUUACGUUCCUCCAGCACUAAACCUAUCACUAGACGUACAUUAGGAUCAAGUAUGCUAUUCAACUCUGUUAGUUCUCAAAAUCCUAUAAUAUCAAACCGAAUUUCCACUCUAAUGAAUUCACAGACUACACUAACACCAGCACUACAAACACCAGCACCACCUGUUACAACAAUUGCAACAAUACAGAUGGAAGUUCCACGACCUCCUGCAUUAAUUCGAUGUGAUAAUGAACCCAAUCGUGUUACUGUCGGGUUGUUAGAUUUACAACCACGUUAUGAAUAUGUGACUGUACCGAAGCGUUCGUUACAUGCUUAUUUGAAGGCGACAGCUGUGAAUAAUACGGAAUUUUCCAUCUUGUCUGGGCCAACUAACAUCUAUGCUGAUAAUACUUUUAUUGGUAAAUCUGAAAUACGUGCUGUUGCUCCAGGUGAAGAGUUCAAUUGUCAUUUAGGCGCUGAAAGUGGUAUCAAAGUAUUAUAUCGACCAUUAUUCAAAUAUCGUGAAGGCACUGGUUCAAGUGGAAAAAAUGCCAUCAUGACAUUUAAACAAUUAAUUGAAGUACGUAAUACAUUCGAUCGUCGUAUACGUCUAAUGGUUGUUGAUCAAGUUCCAGUCAGUGCAGAAGAUAAAAUUAAAGUUAACCUAUUAGAGCCGACAAUUAAACAUCCAGAAAAAUAUGAUAAAAACAAACCAAUCAGAAUGAAUAAAUUCAAUAAUGUUGAAUGGGAUUUGGAUUUAGGUCCUGGUGAAAUUCGUGAAUUAACAUUGAAAUAUUCAGUAGAACAUCCAGUCAAUGAAGAUUUAGAUGUUUCUGUUUCGGAAAAUUGAAAAAAACAAGCCACAAACUGCAGGAAUAUCGCAUUGUGUUACAAGAAUGUAGUUGUGUUUCCGUCGGGUUCAGAACACAAAAAAUAAUCUGGGAAUUCGUUAGACAUUGUUUUACAAAUCUUUCUCGCAUUACUCUAUCAUUAUAAUCAUUUGAUUGUUUGGUAACUAAAUUAGUAAUAACACUAAUACUAAUAAUAAUGAUAACUUAUUAUUAUUAUUAUUAAUACUUUUGCUUUAUAGCUUUUCUAUCAAUUUUUUUUCGUUGCUUUUUCGCAUUAUUUCUAAUGAAAUAAUUUUUUGCUUCAAUGAUUUUUAUUAUUACUUAAAAUUAAGGGGUCCAGUUUGAUCAAUACUCUUCAUUUCCCUCAAUCAACUCUAAUUCUUACUAAUAACUAACUCAUUCUUUUCUUGAAACCCUAAAGACACCGGCACACAUAUUCACAUGCAUACUAUACAAACUGGGAUACAACUAGUCCGCAACUGCCCACACACACACACACACAUACGCACACAUUUAUUGAACUGACAAUGGUAUACAACAACAACAACAACAACAACAAUGGAAGUAACAAAAAUGGGGUAUGAUUGAUUUCUAGUGAUCACCAUCGGUCUAAUGAUUUGACAUAUUUGUUCAAUUUUCCAAUAUGGCUUUUAAUUUUUUUUUCAAUGUUUCAUUUCAUUUGACUAUUUUAAGUAUAAUAGUAUUUUAUUUUAUAUUCUAAUAUAUAAAAAAAAUUAAAUUUGAAUUUUAUCUCUUGUUAUCUGAAUUAUUUUAAAGGGUGAUUAUUAAUUACUAUUAUUACUGAUAUUAUUAUUAUUAUUCAUAUUAUUACUAAUAUUAUUAUUAUCUGCCACUUUAUAAUCCAUAAUUGUGGUAUUUUUCAUAUACUCAGUGAAUUGAUUAAUGAAUCUACAAUCUUUGGUAUUGUGUUCUGUUUGAAAAGACUCAUUUGUGUAUGUUUUUGCACUGGUGGUAAGUUUGUCAAACGAUCUGCAUGAACACAACAGACACAUACAUUCAAGCGAUUCGCCACUGUUGACAAGCCAUAAACAACAACUAUGCAUAGUCAGUCAACUCGAUUAAUUAGACUUUUGUAUUUGUCACUUGUAUUCUUCGGGUGUGUGUGUGUGUGAGUGUGAGUGUAUGUGUUUGUCAGCAAAUAAAAAUCUGGGAACAAGGAUUGAAGCUCUGUCGGUGUUGUUCAUGUCUUAAUUUAUGUUAAUUUUGCAUUCUUCUUAAAGUUGUGUUGUUUUUUCUUUAAAUUACAAAAUAUUUCAAUAUUCUGACUAUUAUGAAUAUCAUUAUUAUUAUUAAUAUUAUUACUAUUACUAUUACUAUUAAAAUAAUUUAUGUUAUUAUUGUGAACUGCUUUGGAAUAAAAAUUAACAAACUAAUCAAAAAAAA